UUUCCAUGUACUUAAAUAACAUCUGUAUUGUUAUUUCUUAAUCCGUAAUUAAUAUAUCCUUAGCCCACAGUUGCUGAGAGUUAAGUAUGUUACGUUGUCCGGUUGUUUGGAUUACCGGUACUAGGUACAUUUUAAGAGUUGCAAAAAAAUGCGUGUAUUAUUUUUUGACAUGGUAAUUUUAUUAAAAGCAUAAUCCUGUGAAAACGAGUGUUAUAUCAAAAUAUAAUGCAGCACUGUAUCAUAACCUUUACACCUGGCGUUUUAACGUGGCCCUCCGGUUUAGCUGCUGGAAGUAAGUGUAUAGAGGAACACAAACCUGGGAAACGAGGAAUGCAGUGUUUUCUCCACAAAUGUGGUACUGCUACGAAUUCUGAGAAGUAAAGUUACAUGGUGGAAGGCACGUUUCAAUUAGUAAAAGGGUGUCACCAUGGUGCGUAACCUUCGUCUCGUUUCGAACUGUCAACGAAAGCUAUUUGCUCUUCUCUUUCACUUUUAUAUUUACCUUCCCAUUGGAUAUUCGUUCCAUUCAACCGAAUCUUUUCCAUUUCUAUCGUGCUACGUGUUCUACACGUGAUUCAAAUACAAAAACCAUAGCCGCACGAAGUUCUGUAUCAAUAUCCGUAAUCGAUACAGUAUCGAAUUAAUCGAACCAAAAUGAUUAUAAUCAAAUAAUGAAAUAAUUUCUGAAACUACUUGUAAAUUAAAUGAAACACCUUGAAAUAAUAUAAUAUGUAUUCAUUAUAUAUACAUAUAUACAUAUAUAAACAAAAAGAGAAUAAAUAUGUACAUAAUGUAAUUACAUAAAUAGUUAUAAUUAAAAUUGAGAAAAUUUAAAAUAAAAUGCGCUGUAGGAAAGCAAAUGAAAGAAUCGAGAUUCGGAUAAUCGAAGUUUUACUUACAUAUAAAUCGUCUGAGACGUACUCUAUAAUUUUGUUCACUGUUGAAAGACGAAUAUUGAAAAAUCACGUGCAACACGGACAUCUAAUCAAGUGUGACCCGUAGGAAAUUUUAAAUGACGGAUGAUCGGACGUCAGUCGUUAGAGGGUUAAAAACUGACGAGUACUGAAAAUAAAACGUCAUGAAUAAGAAAAAGUGUUGAAAGGAAUGUGAAUAAUUUAUAAAAAUAAAUAGCGGUAAAGUAAACAGAAGAACGAGGUGAAGAAAAUUUAUUCUAGAAUUAACCUCGAAAUAAAUAAGCUCCGAUAAUGAUAAUGAAAUGAGCCGUUCGAAAGUGGCUUAGGUCCAUUUUUCAAAGAAAGCAAGUUAAUCUAUAUUCUUUAAUAAUUUUUUAAUAUUUUCUAAGUGGACUCAAGCCACUUUUUAUGAAACUGAUUUACAGUUUUCUUUGUUGAAAACACGACAAUUUAUGAACAGUGAAGUGAUUUGCAAUCUAUUAGAGUAAUUUGAUCUUGGCACAGUAAUUGCACCAGGAAAAUUGAAAAUAGUUUUCACUAUUGACAGAGGCCCAUGAACCGUGGAGAGAAGGUGAGAAACGCUCGAAUGAAAAGGGGCAAACGAAAUUAUUCGGUUGUUCCUCGAAAAUGCUCGUGCUAUCGUAAAAGCACUGACACGAUGUCCCCGUUGUAAUAUGCAUAUAUAUAUAUAGGGAUGCUUCGGAAGAAAGCGCCUCAGUUCUUUGGAGAACGUCUUUAGAGAGAAACGUAGUGAAGGAAAAUGAUUCGAUUCAUUAUCCUUGGGACGCUCGUUGCUGUAUCGGUAGCACAAUUUCAACCUACCGGAAGGAUUUUGGAACCACCGAUUCCUGCGCUUUGUGCACAAAGGAUUAUUCAUGAACGUUUUAAUGGCAAGGGUUAUUACUAUUCAUGGGCCGAUCAGAGAACAAAUGGCCAAGAACUAGACUGGUUAGCGGGAAGAAACUUUUGUAGACAAAGGUGUAUGGAUCUUGUAUCUCUGGAAACUUCUGCUGAAAAUGAGUUCAUCAAAAGUCGUAUUGUUCAAAAUAAGGUAAAAUACAUUUGGACAUCAGGUCGUCUUUGUGACUUCAAAGGCUGUGAUAGGCCUGAUCUUCAGCCUCUUCACAUUAAUGGGUGGUUCUGGACUGCUGAAUUGCAAAAACUAGCACCAACUACUGAUAGAUCUCAGAAUGAUUGGUCUGAAAGCGGCGGUCUUGGAAAACCUCAACCUGACAAUCGUGAACCUAUUCAACAAGGUGGGGCACCAGAAAAUUGCUUAGCUGUGCUCAACCAAUUUUACAAUGAUGGUGUUAACUGGCACGAUGUUGCUUGCCAUCAUAAAAAACCAUGGGUCUGUGAAGAAAAUGAUUCUUUGUUAAAAUACGUUCAUUUCACCAAUCCAAACAUUCGCCUUUAAUGACGAUUCUCCGUGCAAAUUGAAUAACUAAUACCAUUUAGUAAACAAUUGCCAAAUUUUACAAAGAUUUUUCAAAAUUAUACUAUUGAAAGUGAUGAUAUAUUAUUUUGUACAGAAUAUAGGUUGGAAAGUUUCUACUUCAGUAAGUAUUAAGGAAGAUACAGAAGUAUUUCUUAGCUAUUACAUUUUAGAAACUUUUAAAAACUAUAUACAUUCACGUAUGUUCUCUUUUUCUUAAAUAGAUAUUUUCUUUCGGCCUUUCCAAAACUUCGCAAAAAUUUUUUUACAAAUAACGAUAGAAAUAAUUUAUUGGAUUUUUCAAUAUAUUUUGUCCUAUGGAUAAUUUCUCUUUGCACAUACCUCCUUCUCCUCUAAUAUUUUGCCUAAGGAAUCAAUUGCCAUUAUAUUACAUCACUGUAAAAUAUUACAUAUUUUAUUUAUAUUGGUUG